AUGACAUGCGCACAAGGUCAACUACGGCCAUUUUCUCAAUUGAAACAAAGGCACGUCACUACCGACAAGCUCAUCGAUUGGCUUAUUCCAUUUAGCGUUAUUGAACAAUAUGCAAGCUAUUUGAAUGCCACUUCUAUUGAUUCCAAUGACAACACAGCCAUCUGUCAAUGUUUUGCAAGUCGAAUCGGCACAAAAUGUGAAUAUAAACUAACAAAGGAAACUGUAAGUAUUUCUCAAGUGAUACAAAUGCAAUUAAACGGUAACAAUGAGAUCCANGAAUCAGAAUUACCGGCAUCUUUUGUCGAUGAAAUAUCAUGUAAUACAAGUAGUCUUAAUUUGGAAUGGCGACAAAUUUGUGAUGGUAUUGUUAAUUGUCAAAAUGCAGCUGAUGAACUCAAUUGCCAUUUGUUAGAAUUCAACAAAUGCAACACGGAUGAAUUCCAAUGUCGAAAUGGAAUGUGUAUUCCAAAGGAGUUCUUAUUUGAUGCUGUGCUCGAUUGUAUGGAUUUGAGUGAUGAACAAGAAUUGAGUGAUAUCUACCAAGUGUACAAUAGGUGUCCGAAAAUGUCGACAAUGGAAUGUGAUGAACGUCUUUGUCGGAAGGAUGAAUUUUCAUGUGGUGACGGACAAUGCAUAAAAUGGUCUUCUAUCAUUGAUCAUCAUCACGUGUCUUGCGAAAAUUGGCGUGAUGCAACUUACUUCUGCGAGACACCCGACUUCGUGAUAACCAAUCGAUUGAUAGCAAAUGCUGUCUGUUCGUCAACAAGUCUUCAAAUACCUCAACUGACAAAUACAUCAAGUUGUUUGAUAAGUCUUCGGUAUCUGUUACUCACAACUGGAGAACAACAACUGAGUAAAAUGCGCAAAAUGGCUAUAAACAAUAUUAAGGAUCGUUGUUUAGAAACUAUUGAAUAUCCUGAACGGCCUGUGUUUUCUCCAGUAUUCAAAAUGUUCUAUAAAAAGUCUCGAAUAAUCGACUUUUAUACAAGUCAGCAAAAUUUUACAAAACAAAUGUUAAAACGACCGGAUCUUGUCUGUUUCAGUGGUUCGAUGGUUUGUCAUGGAAUCUGGAUGACACUUCAGAAAGAUAAUUGCAUGGACUACAAUUACUUCGAAACACUUACUUCGUAUCCAUUUUUUCCAAUAUCUCAAUUAUUUUGUCAUGAAGCAGUAAAACAAGCCAAAUUUGAAAAGUUAGUCAUCUGA